CAGAUCUUCAAUGAGUUCAAUGCACGAAAACCCGAGGAAAAGAAUGUCUUCAAAGGGGCCACGAAGAAUCACCUGUUCAUGGGAAUAAUCGGUAUAACGACAGUAUUUCAGAUACUGAUAAUUCAGUUCCUGGGGAAGUUCUUCAAAAUAGUGAGGCUUGGUUGGAGACUAUGGUUGGUUUCAAUUGCUAUCGGCCUUGUGAGUUGGCCCCUGGCUUAUGUGGGUAAAUUUAUUCCUGUGCCCGUAAGACCUCUCCCGGACUAUUUCAAGCCCCGCUGUUGUCGGAAACCGCCGCGCCGAGACGAGGAGGAAGGUGGGCAAAGUUAAAGCGCAACGAAGAGUGGGCAAUGUAAAUAGACACGUGAUAAAAAAUGGAGAUAAAUUGCACUGGUUGAUUCCAUGGUAGCAACAUCCUGGGGAUGUACGUAUAAGAUGGCAGGUAGUC